GUGAGCUCCUUCGUCAUCGCAUUCCGCCUCCAAUAGCUUCCUGCACAAUACACCGCACAACCCUUUACUCGCAACCCACCUAACGAACCUGUAUCGGAAGGGACAGGGCCAACUAUCAUGUCGCUCGAUCCUCCCCCUUAUCUGGGUUCGCUUCAAAACAAUAUUCGCCAGCGACCCAUUCCAUGGGACGGCGCAGUCAGGGCCAACACUCUCAACGAGGGACAACUGGCCAAGAUCAGAGCUGUCGAUAAGGUCAGGAAAGAGCAAAGAAAGGAAGUCGUCGAGCGCGACCUCGAUGGCUACCGCGUAUUGUUCGUGGGCGGCGAUGGCAGUCCCAGCGUGCUCGAGUCUGCGAGCAAGCGGACAGACGUCGUGCAGUACAUCUUGGUCCUGCUGAACGACCUACUAGAGGGUGUGCCGAAGCUAGCAGGCGCGUUGUUCAAGACGUCGGAUCCCUACAAGCAUUUCCUGCCUCUCCUCGCCCACUCCAACAACCUUGAAGACCCUAUCCCCUUACUUACAUCAACUGUACUCGCCACCCUCAUGACGCAAUCAAAGGAUGAAUCGCAGCCCACCGAGAAUGCCUUACCUCUGAUUCUGAGUUACCUGUGUAGCAUGGCCAAGAACACAACCGAUGCUGGCCUACAGGAUAUUGCCGUAACACAAUACUCUUCUCUAUUGUACGGCAAGGCCUCCCGGCAGCUUUUCUGGAAGCAACGAAGCGAGACCGUGGCACCCCUCGUCGAUAUCUUGAGGAAGGCCGCAGGCGUUGGCGCAGAUUCCUCCGCCAGCCUGUGGAGCGGCAAUGCUACGGUGAGAACCGGUGGCUUCGAAGGCGCUAUCGGUGGAGGUGUCGGCUUGCAGUUGCUAUACCAUGUCUUGCUUGUCAUGUGGCAGCUGAGUUUCGAAGCCGAGGAUAUUGGCGACGAGAUGGAUGACGAGUACGACGUUAUUUUGCUUUACACGCAGCUCCUGCGUUUAUCUCCGAAAGAGAAGACCACACGUCUGCUUCUUUCGACACUAUACAACCUCCUCAGCACUAACCCCAGCUCUCUUCUGCCUACAGCAGUUCUGGCUAGGUUGCCCGCCCUGCUUCAAAAUGUGGGCGGAAGGCACCUGACCGACCCCGACUUGCAAGAAGACCUGGACCAGCUCAAGACAAUGCUGGAAGAGUACACGACAACCAAGACGACUUUGGACGAGUACGUGGCAGAAGUGCGUUCAGGCCACCUACGAUGGUCCCCUCCCCACAGAAAUGCCACUUUUUGGGCAGAGAACUCGCGAAAGAUUCUCGACCUGGAGACGGGCGAGAUCCCUCGUAAGUUGGCUGAGAUCAUGAAGAAGCCAUGGGACAAUGACAAGGCGGUCUUGGCGAUUGCUUGUAACGAUGUUGGGGCUUUGGUCAAGGAGGUUCCAGAGAGGAGAUUCCAGCUGGAAAAAUUGGGAAUCAAGACGCGCAUCAUGGAGCUGAUGCAAGAUGCAGAUGAAAAUGUGCGAUGGGAGAGUCUCAAGGCUCUUGGCGGUUGGCUCAAGUACAGUUUUGACAACAACUGAUGUGUAAUAAAUAGUGUUGUACGCGUUUGAAACACGCCGGCUACAUCCAAGCAUUGCGGCGAACAACAUAGAAGUCAUUUUCAACGAACACCUGGCAUCGAGCCUUCGCUGCUAUCAUCUCAACAAUUGCAAAUGCAGAGUGACAUUCCAAGCCGU